GUACCCUAGGAGCUAUAAGCUGUGAGUCAGGUUGGGUGUGAAAUUUGUUGUUAUGAAGGCCUCGCUGCAUCAGCUACACUGCACUCAAGGAGAGGACAAGGACUGAAAUACCACUGGUACUCCCUGAGUGUGUAAAUCAUUGGGACUGUGUACAUUCCAACCUAAUCCCCACACAGUCUUCACAAUAGAAAGGGAUUCAAAAGUUUUUUGAUGGAUUAAUACUGCUGUGUUUAGUUUGACUUUAGUCAGCCACACAGUGUAGUAAAGAUCUAGGCACGCUAAGUUUUCGGUAUGCUAUACACAGACUUCUAAGGGCUGUAGUACUACAACACUUUCUUUAUUAAUGAAUUACCAGUACUAACAGUGAUGACAGAACCCGUUGACAUGCAGACUGCACUCCACGCUUGGACGACCUAUCAUGAAUAUUUCAUAGCAGAAAGCUGAACAAACUUGUUUAACUGUUCUACAAUAGACAAAGGACAAUUCAGAAAUACCACAGUUCCCAAGGAUUGUAACUGUAUAUAAAUUUGUGUUACCAAUUAUUUUCUCAUAAACUGUCCACCAAACAAGAAAAAAACUGAAUGUGAUGAAUUGUGUGGAAUUGACUAAUGCACUGUAUUUGAAAUAAUUCACAGUUUUUGAAUGGUCCUCUGAACUUUGAACAUGGUGAUGAUUUGUGUAAUAUGUGUAUCAAGCACCUGUUUCUAGAGGUUAGUUCUAAUUUGUUAAUUGAGCACUUGAUCCUUGAGGCCACUGAUAAUUUGUGUAAAAGGCUCAUAACUAACCAGACUUUUGGGAUUUUGUGUAUUACACCCAGCAGGAAGUGAAGACACCCUUGUGAGCCAUGUAACAUUGUGAGGGUAUCCGCCUGGUAUAUGGUUGGGUAGUGUAUAUUAGAGCUGUGAUUGGAUCCAAGGAAAUAGGAGCAUAUCUAGAUACAUCUGCAUUGGUGGCAGCCAUAUAUACUGUACAGCUGUCUAGGUUCACAUCUCAGCUGGUUGCAGGAGGCAGUGAUAUUUUACAUCCCUACAUUUAUAUGAGGACCUUUAUAGGGGCCAGUUUGUUGUCCAAGCAUUGUGUGUUACAUAGCCAGUACCCUGGAUGUCCAUUGUCAUCAAUCAGGCCAUCAGCAUUCAACCAUUGUGUCAUAACCUGGCCACAGAUGGAGGGCAAUUUGUGAGCUUUGUAAAAGGUUUUGUGAUGUUCUGAUAUUAUAUGACUGUAAUAUAUUUAUGUGACAGUUGGCUGUAGUUGAGGUCCACUUCGACCAACUUGGGCCAUUGUUGCUCUGGCCUGGGUAAACACUGCCUAUAUAUAGCUCAAGUACAACACUGUUCUUUGGAAGAAGACAAGGUACCACUAGUGGACAGGGAGGGUGUUGGACAAGAGAAUUAAACCAAGGAAAGGUUUGAUUAAUCAAGAGAACAGUGUUGAAUUUCUUUGUGAUAUUACGUCACAUCCAUUAAUUACAUGUUUAUCUAAACAACUAAACUUUAAAUUACUGCCAGGUGGAGCUUUUCGAAUUCUGAAGUGUUUUAAACAUUAUAUAAGUUAAAGUGAUCCAUGACCAUUAGUUCAGACUGACCUGUGGCCUUGGGCCUUCUGUCCAGCUUAAAGUCAUUCCCACUGACCACUACCUGUGACCAUAUGUGAGUGUAAUACACAGAUCCCCAGUGGAGUGUGUCUUUAUACUGUUACAUGGUGUAUACCCCAGGGCAGCCAAUCAUCUAACUUACCUGUAAUUAGCAACUUAGACUGGCGAUGAAAUUGACCUGUAAAUAGAUGUGUGUUCUCAGCUGGUCAGUCACCCAAUACACAUGGUCCUAGGCCCACUGGGCAGCCUGCAGAACCUAAACAUGCCCACCAAACAGAGAUACUCCCUUUUUGCCUGUACCCGGCCCAUGGAGGACUUCAUGCCCAUCGGCCACAGAGUCUGGGAUAUCCGUAACCAGUUAAACGAACAAUUAAGAUGCCUAGAAAACAGAUUAGAAAUUCAAGUUGCCAUGGUGACAGAGAUACAAGAUUUUUUCCGGAAAAAGGCUGAGGUAGAAAUGGAAUAUUCCAGGAGUCUCGAUAAACUUGUCAAAUCAACCAAGUUUCGACACAAGCAAGAGAAACAGAAGAGAGAGCACUGGUCCAUGUUUUCCACCAUGUCAUGUUGGCAACAGUUACUGGAUAUCACUAAGAAGGAAAGUCGGGACCAUGGAGUCAUGAGUGAGAUAUGUAACAACCAGCUUGUCCAGAGAAUGGGUCACAUCAUCGACAAUUCACAGAGGAUCUACCGCAGGUGUCGAGAUAUUGGUGUGGAAAGCCAUGAAGACAUUAUGAAAACACUUACAGAAUUACAAAGUGCCAUGAAGACCUAUCACACAUACCAGUCAGAAAGUAAGCAAGCUGAAGCCAAGCUCAAGGCAGUGGAGACCCAGAAAUCCAAACUGGAGCUUCAGCUCUCUGGCAAAAAUGUCUCAAAUAACCGAAAACUAAAAAGCUUUAACCGUCAGACAGAAAAGAGACAAUCCAAAUACUCAGAGAACAAAUUGAAGGCCUUGAAAGCAAGGAAUGACUACCUUCUGUGUAUAGAAGCAGCCAAUGCAGCCAUCAACAAAUACUUCUCUGAUGACAUAUCUGACCUGAUGGAUUGUAUGGACUUUGGUUACCACAACUCUGUGAAGAACUCAAUGCUGAUGUACCAGAACCUUCACAAGAAUCUGAGUAGAUGUCACCAACAGAGUGUGGACAUUGUCCAGAAGUGUGUGGCCGAGCUGGAUGCCCAGGCAGACAAACAGCGCUUCAUAGAACUGCAAAAUGCUGCAUUCAUGCUGCCCAAGAAAUUUGAAUUUCAGCCAUGUAGAGGGGAUGAGGUCCAGCAAAUCAGUGCUCAAAAACCAGUACAGGACGACAUCCUCCAACGACACCGUGCAAUACAGGAGCGACUUGUCGAUCUCCGUCUAGAGAACGAUGAGACAUGGAAGACACUUGAAGCAACAGAGAAAUCACUCAACGACAAAAUCAAUGUGGCUGACUAUGAUGUAUCAAGCUUCUUUGUGGAUGAGAAUCAACCGCCACGCUCACCUCACGAAGCAGCCAAGCUCAGAGGAGACAGACUGGAGGUGGAGGGCUUCUACUUAGAGAAAUUCCGCUCGUACACAUUAAGCUGUAACAGAAUAUCACGACUCCAGGCCAAACAAAGUGCAAUACAGAAAUCUGUGGGGGACAAUAUCUCCAACACAGGGCGACCACCAUCAUUACCACCAAAGCCAAAAAAGCGAAGAAUAGGGCGGAGUCAAAUGGUGGGACAGCCCAAGUUGUUUGGGGGCAGUCUCGAGGAAUAUAUAGAGGCUACUGGUAAUGAUAUUCCACUGAUUAUCAGGAGCUGUAUACGAGCUAUCAACCUUUAUGGUAUGCACCAUCAAGGUAUAUUCCGUAUCUCAGGUGCUCAGGUAGAAAUCAACGAACACAAGGUAGAGUUUGAAAAGGGCCAUGACCCCCUGGUUGAUGUUGACCCCAGCGACAUCAACUCAGUGGCAGGCGUACUGAAGGCCUACUUCAGGGAGCUGAGGGAACCCCUGUUUCCACUGCCUCUGUUUGAUGAGCUCAUAGACGGCAGCAAGCUUGAUGACCAACACAGAUGGGAGAAGAUUAAGGAACUGUUGUCCUCACUGCCUCGCUGCAUCCUCAUUGUAAUGAAGUAUCUCUUCUCCUUCCUCAAUCACCUGUCGGAGUACUCGGACGAGAACAUGAUGGAUGCCUAUAACCUAGCCAUCUGUUUCGGCCCUACACUCCUACCCAUCCCACCAGACCGUGAUCAAGUGUCGUACCAGAGCAAUGUUCACGAGGUCAUCAAGACCAUCAUCAUCCACCAGGAGGACAUAUUCCAUAACUACGAAAACUCUGUCGUCUAUGAGAAGUGUAUCCUUGAAACAUCUAGGGACACGACGGAUGAUGUCACAGAAGAUGAAGAUGAAACCAGCUCAAUACGCAGUAAUGAGGAUGAAGAUGAUGAUGGCUCUGCGCUAGAUGCAGAAAUCUCUGAAGCUGUAGCUCUUUUUGAUUUCACUGGACGUACAGAACGUGAGCUCUCCUUCAAAAAGGGAGAUAACUUGAUUAUUUACAACAAGAUGUCUACCGAUUGGUGGGAGGGCUGCUUUAACGGAAAGGAAGGCCUGAUUCCUGACAAGUACAUCUCCCUCAAACAUCCACCAGAUGACAAGAAGAACCACUCUGAGGAUGAACGUUCCAUUUCCCUGUCGUCUCUCCCGGGGCGGGGUCAUCAGCAGUCCAGUGGUGGGGAUGAUGUCACUCUAGAGAAGUCAGUUUCCCAGCCUAACAUAUCGAUCAAAGACAUGUCAUCAUCAGCAGGAAUGAGCCCUGCACCCUCCCCCCAGACAACACCUCGCUCAUCCUCAACUUCCUCAACCCAGGACCCUGCUCCCACCGGUGUAUGUGAAAACACGCCCAUCUUGUCCAUAACUCCCGAUGGGCGUCUGGAGAUGAAACGUCAGCAAUCCAACCCUGACCCUAUCACAGAGGAAAUUAGCGCUGACAUAGACAAUGCGUUGGCUGAAGUAGUGUCAGGACUCAAGUCCUUGGAGAUGCAGCAACGUGGUGACAAACGUAUGAGUCUCCCACUUGUAAAGCAGAAAGCUACACCUAAACACACCCCAGAUCUUGUGCUUGACCUGCCCGAAGGGUCCAAUUCCUCUCCUCAGGAAGGCAGUGGCCCUGACAGUCCCACCAACACUGUUGCUGACAGGUUCGCCCAAUCCAACCAAGGAACGCUCAAAAAGGCGAGCUCCAUGCCACGCAACAUCAACCCUCCAACUGUCAGUGUUGGCAAUGUCAUGAGUGCUAGUGUAACAAGUAGUCAUGGAGAGCAUAUAACCUUUGACCCCACAUAUCCAGAACAUUCUCUGUUCUCUACGUUUGCACAAGGGCGUAAAGGUGUAAGCCCUAAUCGCUCCAAGAGUCUGACUGACCAUGGGCCUGUGGAACUGACUGUCUCUAACAAACAGGCUCCUGUGCCGGUCCUUCCCCCUGUACCAGUGCUUCCUCUCUCCCACAGCAUUCCCUCCGUUGGGGGCGUCACCCCACCCCCUGUGGCAGAAAAACCCAAACCCCCCAUCAAAGUAAAGCCUCCCGUCAUGAAAAAGCCAACAAGGUCCCCAGAGGUUCAGCGGCGCUUCCCUCCCCCUGCCCCCACACCACAGGACUGAGUCUUCCAGUGAGUUAGUGAUGAAUGACUGUGGACCUAUUUGAAAAGCAGAAUAACUGCAUGCCCAAUGGGCAGGAAGUCACACUGCAUUGGCAGUACUCAGGACAUUAGCCUGUAGUGACUUGUGUAUGGAACCACAUGCUGGAUAUAGAUUGUAUGCUCCAGUGUGUGUGAGUAUACAUGGUUCCUCAGAACGACUGUACUAGAUUUGUGUACAUGGAUAAGCGAUCUGACAUUUUUACUUAGGAAAUUAUUACAAAAUUUUAUAUAUAUUAUAUAUACACAUUUAAACCAACAUGUUCUUUGAUAAUUUUGUGAAGCCAAAUCUGUCCUAAUUUGGAAAGAUGCAUAAUAUUUGUAUGAUUUUAAAAGGCAAUGCUUUAGCCUAGACUGUGCCUGUUCUAUUGUGUGGAGGAGGGUGAUAGCACCAUAGACUGGAGGGAUCAGUGUAUCAGGUCGUCCUUAGCGACAGCCUGCUGGCCUGGUCAUAGCUAACAUUACUGUGCAAUAUGAAGAUUUCUUUUCUUGUGUUUAAAUUGCUGCUUUAUGCCUUGUUAAUGGAUGGUACACUGACAUAUUGUGUUACUGAUUGGCAAAUUGUGUUACUAAUACACAAUGUUUCUUAGAGGAUGGAAGGGAUUGGGAAUUGUGCUACUGAUGGGGUUGGGGAUGUUUUUACCAUAUUUCAAUAUCCUGACUUUGGAGGAAUUCCAGUAAAAUCAGGAACUACAGAAAAGAAAUUGUAACAUGGCCUAAACAAUGAGGAUUCAUUGAAAAGUUUGGGUUGAAAACAAAUGUGCCAAAAUUUGUAUUUAACAAUGAACAGGUCAGCUUGUGAAGUUAACUGUAUAUGAAGAGGAGAUGGAAAGGGCCACAACUUUUGACCAAUAACAUUAACGUAACAAUAUCAGUGUGUGUUCUUACUUAUUUCUUCAGCAAUGGGGUAGUGGUCAGUAUGAAACAGAUCCACAAAAACAUAUUUGAGGAUAUUUUUAAACAUUGUUAAACCUUGAAAUGUUUAGUUUCUCGGUCAUUUUAAACAUUGGAGAAAAAAAUGUGACCAAUGGCAUGUCAAUUUUCAAAAUAUGAAGCUUGUAUGAAAUCAUUUCUGUGUUCUCGUAACAUAAUUUUAUAUCAGACAACAUUCUCAAAUUUAGUAAGGAUCUUGUUUGUGAUGUAGAUAAUUGGAUACAUGUGAGAAUAUAGUGUUCCGUGGUACUAUUAAUGGAUUAGCUUCAUUAUGGAGUUCAUUUGCUAAUGUUGUAUGUAUGUAUGUAUAACUUCAGAUAAAACAGAUUACAGAUAUAUUGUUCUGGAGCAGUGUAAUACUGUGGCAGUAUAAAAAGCAUUAUAAAGGAAUAUUACAGAAAGGUGCUAUGGUCUUUAGUUAUAAACCACUGGAACAUGUCCAGAACCUGCAUUAAAUACUUAAAUCAGAUUACUCAAUAUCUUCACAAGACAAAUACUUACUCUGAAAAGUUUGGGUUUUUUUCACUCCUUACAUUAUACCACUAUUUUUCCUCUACAGAUAUUCCUGUUGAUGCCCAUCGAUAUAUACCCUAGACUUAGUAGUAUAUGUUAUUCAUUGUAGGUCCAAAUCCUAUAAACUUCACAUUUCAAGUUAAUGUGCAGAUACAGAAAUAAAAUAUACUGGGUAGUUAUUCUUCAUCAAAAGAUAUAUAUACAGAUGUCAGUAUCUUUAACAAAAAUAACUGUGAUGUGGAUAAGAUCUUGAUUCUGUAUUGGUUGUGAUCUUGUGGAUGAAUUCCAUUUGUUAUUAUCCUAGAUUAACACCAGUACUGGGUUGUAGAGCAUUACAGGGUAUGCUGGUGACUCUCAGCAAGGAACACGUUCACACAUCUGUCCUGAUUAAUGUAUUGUGUAUAUGUUUUAUUCCAAAUUAUUUGAAGAAAACUUAACCAAGGUGCUUAUAUCAUCUACUCUCUCUCUAUAUAUAUUGUCUGUGUGUAGUGUUUAAUCGGGUAAUCAUCACAUUGAAUAUUAGAAGUACAAAUUGUACGAGAACCAUGUACAAUCAGAAACAGUCUGUACAAUAGCUGUUGAAUUAGCUGUUAUAAUUACCAACUAGAACAUUUAAACAUUCACUAGAUUUCCUGCAGUCAUGUAUAUUUGAUGAUUAUCUGUACCAAACUGCAAUAAAUACACAGAGAUCAAAGUUUAAAUAAGUGCUGUGCUCAAGCAUUACGUAAUUUACUGAUAAUUGGUAAAUACUAGACGGACAUCUUUGAAAAGGCCUUCCUUAAGAAAUUAUUAAAAAAGCACUAAACUGUUUUUAAAUGAAAACUUUGUGGAACUUUUCCAAAAACGUUUUUAUAACUUCUGAUCUUUAAAAGGGUCCUUCUUAUAAGGAAUGAAUUAGUGAUCAAUAUUUAUGGUUUUCUCCAAGCAUGUAGUGCACAUACAGUUGCACAUGUAUGCGUGUAGGAGUGUAAGUAUGGUUAUGUAUGAGUAGGACAUGUUUUGUGUGGAGUCAAUAGAGUAUGUGUCUUUUUAUCGUAACAAAACAAAUAAGAUGGUUGAGUAAGGGCAUGUUUGUCUCUGCACACUGUGUUUUAGUAGCUGGUUUUAAUGAUACUGUGUUCUAUUACGAUACACGUCUGAGAAUGCACUGUAUUAUAAUACGGUAUUCAGAUUGUAUACUGAUUGAUGUAUCAGUAUUUUACCGACACUAGUACACCUUGUAUCUUACUACAUUAUAUGGAUAAAGCUAUGUAAAAUUUAUAAUUUUUUUGUACAAUGUUCUAUGUAUUGUACAAUACAGUGUAAUAUACGACAUAUUGUACUGUUGAUUAUCAAUCAUAAUUACUAAUGAUAAUUAAACAGCAUCAUCGACCAUACAUUGGAACAAUUUAAUGCUCAUAGUUUUCUCACAUAAAUUAUAUAUAUGUAUAAUGUGCUUUUAAUCAUGGAUUCAUGGAAUAAACAGAUGAAAUUGA